CGCUGAAGUCACACGAUAAAAAGGCUUUGCUCUUGGGAAAAAACUCUUGAUUCUUUCCGCAGCCUUCCGUCCUCCAUCGUGCGGUAUGAAGCGUCUACCUGGAUACUUACCAUCAUUACGCAAAUUUCGGUGACUUUCUUUUCCUCCCGACUUGGAUUCUACUUUAUGAUGAUUUUGGAUAUGUACCUUUGGGAUGAAGAGAACCCUUUCCCUGCCCGCCGAAGUAAGAUAAAAUAGGGUUUCGCUGACACUGGAGUUACUCUUCUCGUUCCAUAUGAAGGAGUCAAACAUUUGGAUAUGCACCUGUGUCCAUUUAUUGCUGUACAUGACAGUUGCUGCCUAUUCCAGUGAAAUAGGAAAUCCCAUUACAGAUGACAUCAAGAAGAUUUCUUUGUUGAAACAGAAUAUUCCAAAAGACUACAAGAUUACAUUACGUUAUAUACCUAAAGAAGUGAGUGGUAUGUGCUGGGUGAAGCUAAAUGUAUUUCACUUGGAGGUGAGCUUAAAAGGCCUGGCGCAGAAGUUUGGGAACAUAUCCUCCAAUAAAGAUAAUAUAGGCACUUUGGUCCAAAUACUGCAAGAGAUGAGGUAUCACAUUGGACAUGGCUUGGAGGAUUCAAUGCUAGAAUUCGAUUGUCACUACGUAAAUGAGAUGUGGCUUACGGCAAAGUAUUUUGAAUUUGUGGAGGACUUUUUCAACACUGCCAAUUCGUCAAGGGAUGUUGAGGAUUGUGAGCCCCCACCAUGUCCCACAUCCACAAAAACAACAGUAACGACAACUACAACAGCGUCGACAACGUCAGCGCAACAUAGUACAAAUGAGAAACGUAACGGUUUGCCUGAUGACCCUGAAAAAGGUGAGUUAUCAUAUAAAUGUCUUCAGUCAUCACUAUUGUGUGCAUCCAAGGGAUAG